UCAAGCUAGAGCCACUCUCACACGCCCUCGCGACCGGCCCACGAGCCACGACGGGUUGCUCAAAAAAGCACAGACGACUUGGCCCCCCGAGACUUGUGCCCUCGGUCGUCAUCCACUCCAACAAUAGCAGCAAAGCACCACCCACCCGCCCACCUCUUUCAUCAUCACUACAAUCUCCAUCAUUCCGCGCCACUCGUAGUAGACCGACGACAGCCAGCGACAGGCCACGACGGCCCCACCCUCCCGCUUCCCCUUCCUACUUAUCGUGCACGCCACGCCACCGACCACCAUUCUCUCAUUCACAAACCUCUCCAUCUCGACCCGCGCAAUGACUGGCGUCUCACCAUUCCGCGAGGUCGCAGACCCAGACGCUCCAAACGGCUCGGCGUUUGAAAAGCUCUUCCUCGUCGGCCUCGCCACCGUCCUGCCCACCACGACCCCCUUCUACGCCGUCAAGUACCUCGCGACCUCGGCGCCAAAGCGCACCAGCCUGAGGCAGUACCUCUCGAUGCAGUACAUGCGUCUCCUGCUCUCGUCCAACCCCGUCCUCGGCACGCCGGAGAGCUGGAGCGCGGCAAGCUCGUCGCCCAAGGCUGGCUUUGCAAACAACCUCGUGUACGGCAACUCGCUCCAGGUCAACACGGUCGAGGUCAUCAAGGUGCCCCCCGUCCCCGCCGUCGACCUCGUCCAGCACGCCGCGCUGCCCCCAGCCGCCAACGGCAAGGUCCAGCCCGUCGAGCGCCCAGGCUUCAUCAUCUCGCCCAAGACGGCCCUCGGCAAGGGCACGGAGAAGGCCCAGCCCGGAGAGCAAAUCACACUCUACAUUCACGGAGGCGCCUACGUGAUCGGCCACCCUGUCGCCGACCCCUUUGUGUGGAAGGUGGCGCGCGAUACGAACCGCCGUGUGUUUGCCCUGCAAUACCGCAAGUCGACCACGCCCGAGACGGCAUGGCCUGCCCCUCUGAUCGACGCCCUCUCGGCAUGGAAGUACAUCACUGAGGAGCUCGAGUUCCCGGCCUCGUCGGUGCAGGUCAUGGGCUGCAGCGCGGGUGGCCACCUGACGCUCGCGCUCGCGCAGCAGCUGCAUGCUACGUCGCAGGACCUGCCUGGCUCACUCACCCUCGUGUCGCCAUGGGUCGACUUGACACUGUCGUUCCCGUCGAUCCAGCACCGCCCGAUCGACUUUUUGACAGCCGACUGGCUCAAGACGCCCAUCAAGAGUCUGACGCGCUACUACACGCCCGAGGCCGUCCGCGGCCCCUUCUUCUCCCCCACGCUCGCGCCAGCAGGCUACUGGAAGUUCCUCGAGAAGACGCCCGUGUUCGUCAAUGUCGGCGAGAUCGAGGGCUUCAUCGACGAGGUCAAUGCCUUUGUCGAGCGCAUCAAGAGUGACGACGUGCCGGUCACCGUCAACAUUGAUCGCGACGGUAUCCACGCCGGCCCGUCCCUUCCCUUCAUGCCUGCAUACCACUUUGACGACUUUGUCGCCGGCAUGCGCAACCAGUUUGAUCUCAUGAAGACGUCAACGUCGCACUGAGUGCAGAGAGAGAGUGAGAGUACCACCAAUACCAUCAUUACCACCGGCGAGACCUAUACAUUGUCAUCGCCGCUGUCUCGACCUAGUUACCCAUCUUGGCAUGUAGAGUAGUAGAUUGUCAGCCUUAGUACCAUGCAUCGUCCAUUUGUAUGA